CAGACAUACACGAAAGCCCCGCGCUAAAAGAGAGAAACCACUGUGUUAUCUAAAAUUUUAGUGCACACAGAGUGCAUUUCCCAAUUUUCCUGUUAACAGUAUCUAGUCUAGACACAGAUUGCGGUGUAAGUUUUGUGGAAACGGCUUGUUUCUACACAAUUUUCUUUCCAUUCAAAUUGUGGGGGUGUGAAUAGUGACACAUAACAAUGGUAAAAUCGUUUUUCUUUUGUUUAAGUUUGAAAACAGGUGCUGCAAUUAUGAGCGGGACCAACUUGCUUUUCUCUAUAGUAGCGACAGUAGCAUCCAGUGUAGCAUUAUAUCAUCAUCAAACCAGUGAGGAUGAGUUAUAUUUAAUUUUAACUCUAGUUAUGGGAAUAUAUAAUUUAUUUGUGGCUGGUGUUAUAAUUGCUGCUUUAAUUAAGGGUAACGAAAAAUAUGUGUUCCUAUAUAUAAUUCUGGAAAUGUCAAAUCUUUUUAUAAUCUCGGUAUUUGCUGGCAUAAAUGUCUUCGAGUAUAAAUCAUUUAGUAUAGCAGCCCUUUUUCUUCUGUGUAUGGUGCUUUGGUAUGGACUGUACUGUAUGGUCGGAUUCUACAACGAACUUGCAGAAUACAACAGCGUCAAAUCCGGUGUCAUCGAAAUCACAUGUAAUACCAACAUAAAUCCAGUUGCUUUUCCAGAAAAAGCUAUUGAAAGUACUGCUGUAUAAAAUACCUGUGAAUGUAACAAUUAUUUACAUGUUCUCGAAUGAACUAAAAGUUUGAAAUUUCAUAAGAAAACAA